CAACAACAACAACAACAACAACAACAACAACAACAACAACAACAACAACAACAACAACAACAACAACAACAACAACAACAACAGCAACAGCAACAGCAACAGCAACAACAACAACAACAACAACAACAACAACAACAACAACAACAACAACAACAACAACAACAACAACAACAACAACAACAACAACAACAACAACAACAACAACAACAACAACAACAACAACAACAACAACAACAACAACAACAACAACAACAACAACAACAACAACAACAACAACAACAACAACAGCACCAACACCAACAACAACGACAAAAACACCAGCCUUACAUCCAACAACAACACCAACACCAGCCUUACAUCCAACAACAACGACGACAACAAAUCAGAAGUCGCAACAAACUCGAAGAACUGUUACAAGUAAAUUAA